AUGGAGUUGGUGCUCCUAGAGAGUUGUGCUUUCCGUUGAUCAACACAGAGUAUGAAAGCCAAGACCAAGCGCAAAAGGCAGGAUGCACCGCUCGUGCCGCCACCACAAAUACAAUUGUCGCGCAAAAAGGCACGUCGGGUGACAACGCUCUUCCACAAACUUACCCGUGCCUUGGACGCCGCCGUCGAAGACGGUGACGAAUCGCAGGUAAAUCGUUUACAAAACGAAAUUUCCAGCAUGGGUGGACGAACUGAGUACCAAAAAGCAAGUCAAGUGAGUACGUUUUAUCACUCCACGAGCAAAUGGGUUUUAGGAUACUUGUCUCGUAACGGCUGGCUAUACGGAAGAAUGGUUCCGAGCAAGGAGGUGAUCGAGGCCCCAGAUAAGGCCACCAAAAAACAGCCUCGGCGAUUGACACGCCUAUUGGAAGUGGGUGCUAUUAAUACCGAACUCCUCGAUGCGUCUCAAAAAAUCAUCACGAAUCCGGACACCGAGGUAAAAACUCAAAAGUAUCGUUUGGAUGUGCGGGCAGUCGACUUGCACGCCAUGGACGAUCGAAUUCAAGAAGUCGACUUUUUGACCAUGAACGUUCCUCAGCGCGAGGUAAACGAGCGCUACGAUGUCCUCGUCUGUUCAAUGGUACUCAACUGCGUCACGACAGCGGAAAGACGAGGAGAAAUGGUUUGUCGUCUGUAUCACUUUUUACGUCCCUCUGGCUUGUGUUUUGUAACCAUUCCUCGCACCUGUUUGAAUUUGUCUCCCUACAUAAAUCAGGAUCGGUUCUUGGCGCUUUUGCGCCUAGUGGGGUUUGAGAUUCUUGAAAGAAAGGAAUCGCCCAAAGUGGCAUUCUUCGUUUGCGGUAAACCAGCUCAGGAACAGCGUAUACCUUGGAAAGAACUGGAUAGUAAGUGGGCCAUGGUGAAACCUUUACGUCAGGGCAAAAAGUUUCGGAACGACUUUGCCAUAGCUCUGACCCAGGAAAGCUACGAGGGGCGCUCUUUGACCUUUGAAGCCCGGUGAUUCGUAGCAGCCUAGCUUCGCCGACUUCGAGAACCAAAGGGAUGUGGGGAAGUGGCUAUGUGUAUCGGGGUUUCUUUACAUUAGGAAAAAGUAGUGUUUUUUU